GGCAAGGCCGGCGCAGACAGCGCUCGGCUGUCGCUCCGCGUCCCCUCGAGUCCUUCCCCGUGCCUCCGCGUCUCUCUGCGCCCCUCCCGUGGCAUGGGGCCGAGCCCCGCUGCCCACCCCGCCGCCCUGGCGCUGCUGGGUCUCGCCGCCGCCGCCGCAUCGCUGCCGCUGCCCGACGCCGGUCCUCACGUUAACUACGGCUGGGGGGAACCUAUCCGGCUGCGGCAUCUCUACACCGCCAGCAAGCACGGGCUCUUCAGCUGCUUCCUGAGGAUCGGCAGCGACGGACGGGUGGAUGCUGCCAGUAGCCAGAGCCCGCAGAGUCUGCUGGAGAUUCGCGCCGUGGCUGUCCGCACCGUGGCCAUCAAAGGCGUACGGAGUUCCCGUUACCUCUGCAUGGACGAGGCGGGCCGGUUGCACGGGCAGCUCAGGUACUCCACCGAGGACUGUUCCUUCGAAGAGGAGAUUCGUCCAGACGGCUACAACGUCUACAGGUCCAAAAAGCACGGCAUCUCCGUGUCCCUCAGCAGCGCCAAGCAGCGCCAGCAGUUCAAGGGAAAAGAUUUCCUUCCGCUCUCUCACUUCUUGCCUAUGAUCAACACUGUGCCCGUGGAGUCAGCAGACUUUGGGGAAUACGGUGAUUACAGCCAGGCCUUUGAGCCGGAGGUGUACUCCUCUCCUCUCGAAACAGACAGCAUGGACCCCUUUGGCAUCACCUCCAAACUGUCGCCGGUGAAGAGCCCCAGCUUUCAGAAAUGACUCUGAGCCCACACGCAGGCUUUGAAUGAAAUACUGCAGGUCCUGCAGCGGUUUAGCUUUUCAGGUAGUGAUAUUCCCAACUUUGUUGUAUAUUUCAGUAUGGAGCCAGCCUUUUCCUUGCCAUGUGUGGUGCCUGUAGGAGAUGAAUACCCAGAGGCUGCUUUAUAUUCUAAAGAAUUUCCCAUCUGUAGCUCUAUUUGGAAAAGGAGGAUUAAAUGAGACAAGCUGAGCAGCUUCUUCACA